AUGCGCCUUUUGAAAUUUGACAGCCGUGGCGAGCUGAGCCUGACCAAGGACUUGACUGAGGAUAUACCGAGCUAUGCGAUACUUUCGCAUACUUGGGGAGCGGAUGAUGAGGAGGUUACUUUCGACGAUCUGAAAAUUGGGUCCAGCAGAAACAAGGCUGGGUAUGCGAAGAUUCUGUUCUGUGGGAAACAAGCCAACAAGGACGGUCUACAAUAUUUUUGGGUGGACACAUGCUGCAUCGAUAAGGCAAACCACACUGCGCUCUCAGAAGCCAUCGCCUCGAUGUUCCGCUGGUACCGUGAUGCGGUAAAGUGCUACGUGUACCUCUCAGACGUUUCGGCACGCAGCGACAAUAACCAGACUCAGUGGACGUGGGAAUCAGCCUUUCGGAAAAGUAGAUGGUUCACGCGAGGCUGGACUCUUCAAGAACUAAUUGCUCCGACGUCGGUCGAGUUCUUUUCACGAGAAGGAGAGCGCCUAGGCAAUAAGAAUACGCUCGAGCGGCAGAUUCAGGAGGCCACGGAUAUUCCUGUUACGGCUUUCCGCGGCACUCCUUUGUCUGAUUUCAGCGUGGAUGAGCGAAUGCGAUGGGCCGCGAGACGCGACACCAAAAAGAAAGAGGAUCGGGCGUACUGUCUCUUGGGGAUUUUUAACGUCUUUAUACCUUUAAUAUACGGCGAGGGAGAGUACGCGUUUGUUCGGCUAAAAGAGGCGAUUGAUAAGUCUUCAAGGACAAAGCCACGAGCUUGUCCUCCUCCCUCGGCCGUCAUCCCCUUUCGCCGUGACCGCGAUUUCGUCGAACGCGAAGUCCUCGGUGACAUCUGGCAACGAGCCUUCGAACCGGCGGCGCGGGUUGGACUCGUGGGACUUGGAGGAGUCGGAAAGACGCAGCUCGCCAUCGAGUAUGCGCACCGAGUCCGAGAAGCUGAUCCUGCAAAAUGGGUGUUUUGGGUGCACGCCAGCAAUGCCGCACGAUUUGAAGAGAGUUACCAAAAGAUUGCGGAGCGCCUACAGUUAACCGGAUGGAACGAAGUGAAAGCGGACAUUCUGGCAAUGGUGCACGGAUGGCUGUCAAACGAGGCGAACGGUCAAUGGGCGAUGGUGGUGGACAAUGCGGACAACCCCGACGUGAUGUUUAAGCCACGGGAUGGCCUGGGCCGUGGUCAAUUACCGCUACAAAUUACCUCAUCGUCGACGGGGCAUUCGCUGUCGGACUAUCUUCCGUCGUCGGCGAAUGGAUCUAUUGUGAUUACCACCCGCAGUCGGAGAGUCGUGGAGGGACUGAUCGAAUACGAGGAAGACAUCCUCGAUGUCACAACCAUGGCGAGAGAGGAGGCGGUGACUCUUCUCAGGAAGAAGCUCAAGAAGUAUGAAGGGGACGACCGCACUUCGAACGACUUGGUGGACCUCGUCCAACAAUUAGAUUAUUUACCGCUGGCUAUUACCCAAGCAGCCGCGUAUAUCAAUCAACGUGCCCCCCGCAUGACAGUGGUAAAAUACCUCGACAUGUUGGAGAGAUGCGACGGCGAACGGACCAAACUGUUACAGACAGACAUUCGUGAUCCCCGGCGGGAUGGUCAGGUGUCGAACUCGAUCAUCACGACAUGGCACAUUUCAUUCGAGUAUCUCCGGCAAAUGCGCGUCUCGGCAGCGCGGCUUCUGGCGCUCAUGAGUCUCUUUGAUCGCGAAGGGAUUCCCGAAAACCUCCUUCGAGAUCGGUAUUUCGAUGAUCAAGACUGUGAAACGGAUUUUGAGGAAGACAUCGCAACAUUGAAAGCGUACCGCUUGAUUGGCAUCGGAAUCACCGACGACCUGUUUGACAUGCACCGACUCGUACAGCUUUCGAUGAGAAAUUGGCUGGACGUUCACAACGAACUCUCAAAGUGGCAAGCACGAUAUGUUGAUAUUUUGGGGGAGGCCUUUCCGACGGGAGACUAUGCCAAUUGGCCCACGUGUCAGGUGCUAUUCCCACAUGUCGAAGCUAUGGCAUCGUAUCGGCCGAUGAGUAAGGAGCAUCGUCUCGCAUGGGCGACUAUUCAGUACAAUGGAGCGUGGUAUGCUGAAGCGAGUGGGCGGUACGGGGUAGCGGAGAAGAUGGCUCGAGCGAGCUUGGAGGUUCGAGGAGUGAUACUCGGCCUGGAUAAUGCUCGAACUUUGGCCAGUAUGGAUAAUCUGGCGUCAGUGCUACAAGAUCAAGGGAAGUACGAGGAGGCGGAAGGGAUGAAUCGACGGGCAUUGUCGGGGAGGGAGAAGGUGCUGGGGAUGGACCAUCCCGACACGUUGACGAGUUACGAGGAGGCGGAAGGGAUGAAUCGACGGGCAUUGUCGGGGAGGGAGAAGGUGCUGGGGAUGGACCAUCCCGACACGUUGACGAGUGUGAGCAAUCUGGCAUCAGUGCUACAAGAUCAAGGGAAGUACGAGGAGGCGGAAGGGAUGAAUCGACGGGCACUGUCGGGGAGGGAGAAGGUGCUUGGAGUGGACCAUCCCGACACGUUGACGAGCGUACAUGGUCUGGCCUAUUUGUUCGAUGCAAAGAAGAAUUUUCAGGAGGCCCUGAAUCUUUACCAGCGUGCCAUUGCGGGCUACGACAGGGUUCUUGGGGCGCACCAUCCGACCACCACUGCUUGUAAAGAGCACUUAUCGUCACUAUUGAUGAAGAUGGAUCGCGAUCUGGGAGGUUCUCUUAGCGAGGUGAAUGGUUAA